AUGUUUAAGAAUGCUCAAGAGUUUGUGAGGCAUUGUGAUAAGUGCCAAAGGACAGGAAACAUAUCCAAAAGAAACCAGAUGCCUCAGAACUCGAUGUUGGAAGUAGAGUUGUUCGAUGUUUGGGGCAUAGACUUCAUGGGACCAUUUCCACCUUCAUUUGGAAAGAAUUAUAUUCUAGUAGCGGUGGAUUAUGUAUCCAAAUGGGUCGAAGCGGUUGCUCUACCUUCAAAUGAUGCUAAGAAAUAUAAUGUGAAACACAAGAUAGCCACAGCGUAUCAUCCUCAAACUAGUGGGCAGGUUGAAGUUUCGAAUCGACAACUAAAACAAAUUCUUGAAAAGACGGUGAAUUCCUCUCGGAAGGAUUGUGCAAUAAAGCUGGAUGAUGCACUGUGGGCAUACAGGACCGCUUUCAAAACACCAAUUGGUAUGUCACCAUAUCAACUUGUGUAUGGGAAAGCAUGUCAUUUGCCUUUGGAGUUAGAACAUAAGGCUUUCUGGGCAUCAAAGUUUCUCAAUAUGGAUCUAUCUAAAGCUGCAAGUUCUAGGCUUCUUCAACUUCAUGAGUUAGAAGAAUUCCGCAACCAAGCUUAUGAGAAUGCCAAGAUCUACAAAGAGAAAACGAAAAGGUGGCAUGAUGGGAAGAUCCAGCAUAAGGAGUUCUGGGAAGGACAACUGGUUCUCUUAUACAAUUCAAGGCUCAGAAUUUUCCCAGGAAAGUUGAAAUCAAAGUGGUCGGGGCCGUUUAGGGUUCACAAAGUUUUUCCUCAUGGAGCUAUAGAGAUAAAAAAUGAAGCAAAUGGGGAUAUUUUCAAAGUGAAUGGGCACCGGCUCAAACCAUAUUACCAAGGUCAACCAGGCGGAAGGAUUGAAGUUGUUCGUUUCGAAGGAUGA